AUGGAUAAUCAAACCAAACAGACUCGGAGGAUCGAAAAUGAGAUUACUGGCGGGUCGAGUGUGGCAUCAGAUUCUGACAACAGCCGAGCAAAGCAGCAGAGGCUCGAGUGUCGAGAUGGGAAGGUGCUGGACAUCGAAGACAAGGCCAUUGCAACACAUGGAUUGAGUAAGUCAAACAAGAUCAGCGGCUUUCAGACUCUCGCUGACCUAGAACAGAAAGUUCUCGAAAAGACCAAGGCAGCUGACGCAGAGACAUGUCAUGAUGCCUCCAAGAGCAAGGAAGGAAUCGAAAAGGAGGGGAUAUCCCGACAGCCGCAAAAUCUCGGGGAGGGUGUGGUUGCAAUGGCCGCCUACAGAUCUCCAACAGUUGCCGACCUUGAAAAUGGAAUCCACGCCAAGGUUUCUGCGGGAGGCACUCUCCAUGCGCGGCCAACGCAAACUCUGAUUGACCUCGAAGAUAAUGUUCGAUCAAAGCAAGGGGGGUCUUCGGGAUUGCAGAAUCUUGAAGGGGCAAACAGUGAUGGAGCUCGUGAUCUGGAAGAUCUCGAAGAGGGGAUCCGUUCCAAAGCGUCAGAGAAUGAGGGAAAACCGACAGCGGUCACUGUUGAGGUUCCUCAGCGGUGGCGAUCCACCACAACCAACACAACCAACACCAGAAAUGGCGACCGCGCCAUCCCAACGCAGCAGCCAGGGGCAUACGCCGAAGUAGGUGGGAUGAGGCUUAAUAAUCCAUUCCGUGGCAUGGGAAGUAGCAACUCUGAUCGUGAUAGUCUGCAAGAGAGGACGAUGAUUCAUCAAACCAGCAACAUGACAAUGGCCAGCUCUGCUGCAUCGGCCAACUUAGCGGAGGCCUCUCCUGUGCAGGAUGAUGGACAGCAUCACAUACCAAGAGCCAUUGAACAGUCAAAGGACAUGCUAGAGCUUGCAGCAAGAGAAAAGAAGAGAAAGUUCUUGGCUACACUUGGUGUUGCCAUUGUACUCUUUCUGGUGGUGAUUGUUGCCACUGCCAUCACCAUCGGCUUGAUUGUAUCUGAGAAGGAUGCAAAAGUACUGUUUACACAGCUGCCAGUAAGCCAGAGUCCAACAGAAGCACCUACUCUUUCUCUUGACAGUCAAAUUAUGAACAUGUUGUCCAGACAUGCCAUCGAAUUUGAACCACCCCAGUAUACAGCCCUCGAAUGGUUGCUGGCAGAUCCUCUAUUGACCACGUACCCUGAGUGGCGUGUGUGCCAGCGGUUUGCCCUUGCUGCUUUCUACUAUUCCACAGGAGGCCCCACGUGGACUCGCAAUGAUGGUUGGCUGAACUACAGUCUUCAUGAAUGUGAGUGGUACAGUAGCGAGAGCUUCCUUGUCCAUUUUAGCUACAUCAAUGUUACAUACCCUGGUCCCUGCGAAGAGGAUCCAGAUGACUCUGAUGCACAAGGAAUCUAUCAACACCUUCGGUUCAGAGACAACAAUCUCCAGGGAACCCUGCCCAUGUUGGAGCUUUCAAUGUUACCAUCUCUUCGCAGCAUCAAUGUGCAAGGCAACCAAAUAGUUGGCACUCUUUCUUCCCAUGUGGGUCGACUCCGGAACCUGGAAGCCUUGUCAUUGGUAUCCAAUUCCAUUAGCGGCAAUAUUCCCAGCGAACUGGGAUUGUUAAGCAGUGCCACGGGGAUGUGGAUGUUUGACAACCACCUUGAAGGAACAGUCCCAACGGAAUUGGCCCAGAUGAUCAAGAUGGAGUCAAUGAUGCUUGACAUCAAUUCAUUGACAGGACCUGUCCCCGGGGAGUUGUCAUUGCUUCCAAACCUGGUGGACCUAGUCCUUGCAGACAACCAGCUCACUGGAAUGAUUCCAACAGAGCUGGGGCUCAUGCCAAAUAUUGCUUACCUUAGUUUAGAUGGAAAUCUUUUGACAGGAACUAUUCCCUCAAACUUCCAGCAGAUGACAAGCUUGGAAUUUUUGUUUCUGAACAGGAAUUCCUUGACAGGUACUCUGCCACCAGACGUCAUUGGAAGCUUGACCAAUGCCACAAUCCUGUCUCUGUUUGGCAAUCAGUUUCUCGGCCCGAUCCCCACUGAGUUCGGGCUCUUAUCCCAUCUUGGAGCCUUCUCGCUCUAUGACAACGAUUUUUCAGGGAGCAUACCGUCCGAGUUUGGGCUUCUUGGCGGGAGCUUGGGUUGGAUGCUGAUACACAACAAUCAAAUUCAAUAUUCCAUUCCAAGUGAGCUUGGUCUACUGAAAAACUUGACCCGAUUCACAGCUCAGCAAAACAACCUGUCCGGCGAGGUGCCCAUUGAGUUUUCGGAAUUGCAGUUCCUUGAGGAGCUCAAUAUUGCAGGCAACAUGUUGGAGACAGUUCCAAGUGAUGUUUUGAUUCUCUGUGCCGAAUCCUGCGACUGUCCUUGCCACCAGCAAAACGCUUCCAACCCAGUGGUGCAAAACCACACAAGCGCCCAUAACGCCUCGAUGUAG